GGCCUCUCUUUCUUCAAAGCCUAUAAAGGAGAGGGUUUUACGCGUGACAAAAGGAAGCAAGCCAAACAAGGUGCUGACACACCCUCAAUUUCUCUUUGCAUACUCCUAAAAUUAAAGGCAACACCUUCCUCAAUCCUCACUGAUACAGCCCUUAAUUGCCUUCUCUCUCUCUCUCUCUCUCACUAGCACUGCUUCUGCAUCACCUUUGCUAAAGUAAAACCUUUCUUUCUUCCAAUGGUCACCGAAGGUAAGGAAGAGCGGACGGCUGUUCUCACGAAACCAUUUUCAAUAGAAGGGGAAUCAGACGUUGAUCACAAACCUCCUAAUCUGAUUCAACGCAUUUUAAGUCUCUUUACAAAUGUACGGCCAGGAUCAGAUCUCACUCGAAUGCAGCUGCCUCCUCUUUUCAACGUUCCAAAGUCACAGCUGCAGUGUUUCAGUGAACCAUUAUACUGUGUGAACAAUGAUAUGUUAGAGAGGUGCAACAACAAGAAUAACCCAGUAGACAGGUUCUGUGCAGUGGUAGCAUGGAAUAUCUCUUUAUUGCGUCCUUUGAAUUUCGGAUUUGCUCCUUACAAUCCCAUUCUUGGUGAGACUCACCAUGCCUCAAGGGGUUCCCUCAAUGUUCUUGUUGAGCAGAUUUCACAUCAUCCACCAGUCACUGCCCUUCAUGCAACUGAUGACGAACAAAAUGUUGAACUCUUAUGGUGUCAACAUCCUAAUCCUAAAUUCUAUGGUACUAAAGUGGAAACUGAGGUAAGAGGAAAAAGGCUGCUUAAACUUUUGAAUCAUGGAGAAACUUAUGAAAUGAAGUCCCCAAAACUUCUGAUCAAGUUCCUUCCAGUACCUGGUGUUGAUUGGGUUGGUAAAGAUACAAUCCAAUGUCAUGAAAGUGGACUUUCUGCUGAGUUAGACUAUGGUAGCAAAUAUUUUUUUGGGCUUAGAGGAGGCCAUAGAUCAAUCAAAGGAAAGAUCUUCGAAACAUCGACAAUGAGGCCCCUUUUCGAGAUUGACGGUCAAUGGGACAGAACUGUAACAGUGAAGGAUAUUAACAGUGGGAAAUUUGAAGUAAUAUACAAUGCAGAAAAAACCAUUUCAGGACUUAAAACUCCAAUAGUCAAGGAUCAAAGGGAAAUAUGGCCAAGUGAAUCAGCUAUAGUUUGGAGUGAGGUUAGCCAAGGAAUUCUAAGCAAAGAUUGGGCAAAAGCAAGAGAAGCAAAGACAGCCGUUGAGGAAAAGCAGAGAGAGCUGUUGAGAGAAAGAGAAUCAAAGGGGGAAACUUGGGUUCCUAAGCAUUUCACUGUCUCUUACAGCAAUGAAAGUGGGUGGGAUUGCUUACCUAUUCGGAUGAAAGUUCCACCAGCUCCCAUUAUUUUCCAACUUUAAUAUAGACUUUUUGUAUAAUUAAACAUACUUUAAUUUAAUAUAUUUAGACAUUUCUUUGGUUUUUAUGAUA